UCUUGAGAUUUUCCAAAAGAUGAGGAAGAGCAGAGGCAGGCAGAAGGUGGAGAUGGUGAAGAUGCCUAAUGAGAGCAACCUUCAGGUAACCUUUUCGAAGCGUCGAUCUGGCCUCUUCAAGAAAGCUAGUGAGUUGUGCACGCUUUGUGGUGCCGAGAUUGCCAUCAUCGUCUUCUCGCCGGGGAAGAAGGUGUUCUCUUUCGGCCACCCUUGUGUCGAGGCUCUGAUUGAACGCUUUGUGACUCGAAACCCCCCGCCGAGUUCUGGUACGCUCCAGUUGAUCGAGGCUCAUCGAAAUGCCAAUGUUCGGGAACUAAAUUCGCAGCUGACACAGGUGCUGAAUCAACUAGAGAUGGAGCGAAAACGAGGCGAAGAGUUAAACAAGCUGCGAAAGGCAAGCCAGGCACAAUUUUGGUGGGAGCUCCCCAUCGAAGAAAUGGAAAUGAAUCAACUCGAGCAGCUCAAGACAUCGUUGGAGGAGUUGAAGAAGAAUGUCACACAACAUGCUGAUCGGAUUUUGGUUCAAACCUCAAAUGGCAACCCACCACCACAAUACUUCCCGACUCCGUCGCCUGCAAACCCGAACCAACAAGGCGGCGUUUUCGUCGUGGAUCCAAAGAACAUGAUCUCUCAUCUUCCCUACAACUAUGGCUCCUAUGGAUCAAGAGGUUUCUUUUGAA